CGGCUCCCGGCAGCUCAGCAAUCGAAGCCCGCCUUCCUGCUCCGGCUCCUGCUGCUGCCGCCCAGAGGACACAGCAUCCUCUGCUGACGAUUUCCCAGUGGCGGCCGCGCUGGGAGAGCAGAGCCGGUGGGCGCGAGCAGCAGGAAGCGAUGAAGGAGUUCUUCCCUCCUCUCGGAGUUGCCUGAGUUGCAGGUGCCUAGCCCCGGCUCCUGGUUCUCUGCACCUCUCAAGCUCGCAGUUCCCCUGGCUACUGCCCGUCACCCCGCCCGGGAGCCGAAGCUUCGGAGUUCCUGUCCCGGCUCCUCGGGUGCAGAAGAGGGGUGUCCCCCGCUGAGGUACACGGUCCUCUGGUCUUCUCUCCGCGGCCCUAUCUGUCUCUCCAUGGCGUCUCGUCAACAAACCCGAAUCCAAGCUUACCUGGAGAAGAACAAAAUCGGUCCUCUGUUUGAGGAGUUAAUGACCAAGUUAAUAACUGAGACACCUGACCAGCCAAUCCCUUUUCUCAUUGAUCAUCUUCAGUCUAAACAAGGAAAUCGUGGACAGCUCCAAAGAACUUUGUCUGGAUCGGCGGCUCUCUGGGCAGAAAGUGAAACCUCAGAAACUAAAGGAACCAGAAGAGAUUUUAGAAGCUAUGAUAAGCCUUGGCAGCUAAGUGCAAAGAAGCCUAAAAAAUCGAAAAGUGACCUUGCCAUGUCUAAUAUUUCUCCUCCAUCACCAGACUCCAAAUCAUUGCCAAGGUCAGUAGAGCAUCCUAAGUGGGACUGGCGGACUAAACCCGAAAGCCGUGAUUUUGAUGAAUUGAACCACAUCCUUCAAGAGAGCAAGAAGCUGGGGAAAGCCCUUGAAAAUCUCUCUCGAAACUCUUUGACCUUUGGCUUUGUGGGAACUGGCGGCCACUUGAUCUCCUCUGGGUGCCCUCAUACAGUUUCUU